CAACCUUUGGUAGUUGUCAGUGGUGCAUUGUGGGACGCAAAAUGGCUCCAUCGUGUUGUCUGCUAACUAGCCAACCAGCUAAAUCUCAUAGCCAUAACGUUGCAUUUACAAUAAAGCACGUCCUAUAGCGCAUUGAUAAUAGCUGCUGGGUUAUAGAAUAGAGGUUAUAAUUGUGAGAAUAAUACACCUUUCUUGCAUUCAUCACUUUUUUCGAGACGACACCGCCAUGUCUGCCAAAUUAGACAAAGUGAGAAGUGAGUCCACCACACGAAAAGAUGACAGAAGAAGUACUGAGUUUUCCACAAGAGAUGACAGAAGUACAGAGUCUGUCUCAAGAAGAGGUAACAGAAGAAGUACAGAGUCUGCCACAAGAAGAGAUGACAGAAGAAGUACUGAAUCCAGUACAAGAAGAGAUGGUAGAAUAAGUACUGAGUCUGGUGUGAGGAGUAGUGACAGAAGAAGUACUGAGUCCAGCACAAGAAGAGAAGAAAGAAGAUCAACAAGUACAGUCAUGGAUAGCCCUGGCUGUGCUCUGUCAUUGUCUGCUGAAGGUAAAGAGAAAAAGAAAAGGAAACGCAGCCGCAGUAGAUCAUCAUCUUCCUCCUCAUCCAGCUCCUCCUCCUCUUCGUCCUCUUCAUCCUCUUCAUCCAGCUCUUCAUCAUCCUCGUCCUGUGGUAGUAGUUCUAGCAGCAGCAGGGAUUCUCACAGCAAGUCCAGAAAGAAUUCUAAGAAAAGGAAAAAGGAAAAACAACAAAAAAAGAAAGCGAAGAAGGAUAAGAAGCAUAAACGAAAGAAAGAGAAGAAAAGGAAGCUAGAGGAAGGAGCUGCACCGGGACCUAUUCAGAUCUCCAAGUAUUUAAAGGAGAGAAAGAGAAAAGGAAAGUACAGCAUGAUCUCAGGAAAGAAGAUAAAAAUGAAAUUGAAGAAGUCAAAGAAAGACAAGCUGAGGGACAAGAAUCGCGCCGAACUGCUGGAGUUUCUCAACUCUACAUUGUAAUGUAAAUGCUAUCAUCGUUAGUUCCAGAACCUUCCACUUUUUUCCAGAACAGAACUCAGGAAAAGACACCCUUUGUGAUAAAGCUCUGAACGAAGAUCUUUUUCGAGGGUUAUCACGACAAGAGAUGUCAGAGAUUGACCGUGUUGUUGCUAAAUUGCAGCACUGCCAAGUCUCUGACUUAGAAGUUGUAUCUCUUGUUGAAAAGUUCAUUGUCACUCCUGUGUUUGUCGCCCCACUUAUUUUCAAACUAUAACUGAUGCCCAUUUGAUUUUUAAAGUUGUAUUUUUACUAUAAUGUUGGAGGAAACUUUUACUCACUGUUUGUCCACACGAGGGGUUGUUGUGCAACAAUGUAGAACUGUUGCCAUGCUGGAGACUAGUGUCAUCAGCUAAGGUCUGAGUCACCAACAACAUACCUGGGUUUAAAUAGUACUUGUUUUCAUAAUUUCAGCCGUGGUUGAUUAAGCUUGCCUGGCACAAUGGAACCAAAGGGAAUCCAUCUUUCACUCCUGGUGUGCUUUAAAGUAUUUGAAAGCAAAAACUAUUUGAGCCCAGGUCUCACAGAGUGGUUGGCUGUAAGCUUUAGUGUAGCAUAAUCCUGUCCUAUAUAACACCAGUCAGUCAUUUCAUUGUUUGAUAAUUGUUUGGUAAUUGUCUUAAGAUCCAAAAUUGUCCCGCAGCUGUACUGUUGGCGUUCUCCUUUGGUAUUAUGUUCUUUAAUGACUAGGGUAUUUUUUAAUCAAUAGUUUGUAUAAAUCUGAGAGUCGACUGGAUUGUCAUCCCAUGUUAUAAUAUAAAUCUAUUGUAUUUUGGAUGCGUGUUGUUUUUCUAAUUUACAGCCCAGGCAAUUGAACCUGACCCGAACCAAAAGGUCCCUGGUUCAAAUCCCAGUGCCAUCAUGAAAAUCUGUCCUGUCCUUAAGCUAGACAGUUUACCCUGAGUGUUCUCCAGGUAUCCAAAGUGGCAACCCUCUGUACUUCUUCAAUUCAGCUGGACCAUGUGGUCAGUUCAUGAAUAAAUUAGUUUAACCCUUAAUACUUUUAAUAGAAGUCCCAAAACAGUCCUGUUGCUCGCCCAUUACUGUAUCACUGGCAAUGCUGUUUCUUUACUGGCUGGUGAUUUUUAAGAAAUAGCAUACAGGUCUGUCAGUCGGACACGUUAAUAUGAGGUAUGUUAAUAUGCUAAUAUGAGGUGAACUUGAUAUGCAGUUAGCUGACUGACCAACCAAUAUAACUGUUCUUACUCAGCAGCAAUCUAAUGCUGUUGUAGAGAUACUACAGGUAUGUUGUAAAAUUCUACAACUAAUAAAGCAUCCACUCCC